GCAGAGACGCACACAGCGGAGUCCGGUCCAUCUCUGCUCCCAGACAGCUAACCCCGCAGCAAGGCCACUGCGGGAAGAUGGCGACGGAAAAGCAGAAACAUGAAGGAAGAGUUAAAAUUGGACACUACAUUCUCGGAGACACACUCGGAGUGGGCACAUUUGGAAAGGUUAAAGUGGGCCAACAUGAGCUGACCAAGCACCAAGUGGCCGUGAAAAUCUUGAACAGGCAGAAGAUCCGCAGUUUGGAUGUGGUGGGAAAGAUCCGCAGGGAGAUCCAGAACCUCAAGCUUUUCAGGCAUCCUCACAUAAUUAAACUGUAUCAGGUUAUUAGCACCCCAACAGAUAUAUUCAUGGUGAUGGAAUAUGUCUCGGGAGGUGAGCUGUUCGACUACAUCUGCAAAAAUGGAAAGUUGGAUGAAAAGGAGAGUCGUCGACUGUUCCAGCAGAUUAUUUCAGCAGUAGACUACUGCCACAGACACAUGGUGGUGCACCGAGACCUUAAGCCUGAAAAUGUGCUGCUUGACGCACACAUGAAUGCCAAGAUUGCAGACUUCGGAUUAUCAAACAUGAUGUCAGAUGGAGAGUUCCUGCGAACAAGCUGCGGUUCUCCAAACUAUGCUGCUCCUGAGGUCAUCUCAGGAAGGUUAUAUGCUGGUCCAGAGGUAGACAUCUGGAGCAGUGGGGUCAUCCUCUAUGCCUUGUUGUGUGGGACGCUUCCCUUUGAUGAUGACCACGUGCCAACUCUCUUUAAGAAGAUCUGUGACGGGAUCUUUUUCACACCGCAGUAUCUGAACCCUUCAGUAAUAAGCCUCCUUAAACACAUGCUACAGGUGGACCCCAUGAAAAGAGCCACCAUCAAAGAGAUUCGGGAGGAUGAUUGGUUCAAAGAGGGCCUACCCAAGUACUUGUUCCCUGAGGACCCCUCCUACAGCAACAACAUGAUUGACGACGAGGCCCUGAAGGAGGUAUGUGAGAAGUUUGAGUGCACAGAGGAGGAGGUCCUGUCCUGCAUAUACAGUCGAAACCAUCAGGACCCAUUGGCCGUUGCCUACCAUCUCAUCAUUGACAAUCGUCGGAUCAUGAGUGAAGCCAAGGAUUUCUACCUGGCAUCCAGCCCUCCCGACUCUUUCCUAGAUGACCAGCACCUGACCUCAUCAGGAGCAGCUGUGGCCGCCAUGAUCAAGCCCCACCCUGAGCGGGUACCCUUCCUCCUGGCGGAGACUCCUCCCAGGCCUCGCCACACACUGGAUGAACUGAACCCCCAGAAGUCCAAGCACCAGGGUGUUAGAAGGGCCAAGUGGCACCUGGGUAUCCGGAGUCAGAGUAGACCCAACGAUAUCAUGUCAGAAGUGUGUCGUGCCAUGAAACAGCUGGAUUACGAGUGGAAGGUGGUGAAUCCUUAUUAUCUACGUGUGAGAAGGAAGAAUCCGAUCACUGGGAUGCAAACCAAGAUGAGCCUUCAACUCUACCAGGUGGACAGUAGAACCUACCUCCUUGACUUCCGUAGCAUAGACGAUGAUAUGUUGGAGACGAAAUCUGGAACUGCUACCCCUCUCCGAUCUGGAUCUGUGGGCAACUACCGCACCACUAUUAAGAACGAUGUAGAAGGAGCAGACGCUCCAGCUAUGUCUAGCACUGUGCACCCCACCAAGGCCCAAGAAGGCUCCUUAGCUUCAUCGUUGACCUCAUCCAUCGACUCGACGGGAGGGGGGGACACCAUGACUGUCCCUCGACCAGGAAGCCACACCAUCGAGUUCUUUGAGAUGUGCGCAAAUCUUAUUAAACUACUUGCACGAUAACUUGCAAAACAAUCUCUAGCCUUUUUUUCCUCUCCGAGUGUCUUUAUAGCAAUAAGCAUGCAAACGAUUCAUGGCUCAAUUCAUCCAGGCGGAGGAUGAAGUGAUUGUUCCAUGGCACUGACGCAGGUUAGUGUUCCCAAAGUGGAAGGGAUGUAUACUGAGCUGGCAGGGAACAUAAGGGGUUAUUUGGAAAGAUGAAAGACGAGCUAUUUAAUAGCUAGAACAGAACAGCAUUUUGGAGGGGUUUUACAAUUUCCUGAUCAAUUUAAUCGCAAAUGUCCACAUCCCACCUAUACAUAUAAAUGCAAGUGAUUACACUGAAUUUUCUGUACUGUAGCCAGUGAGCACUGCUUUCCAGUACAGAGAACAAGAUCAAGUUUUUACCUGCAGAGAAGCAAGCCACACAGUGAGGGUUGGGUGUUGGGGUGGUUGUCGUAUAGGAUGCAGGAAGCACUUUUGCACAAGUUUCUUUUUUUUCCUGCUGCUCUUGUUUUUCUCUCAGUGGGGAUCAAAGAGGUGGUGCAGAUGUAUCGGAGCGCUGCACUGGCUAUAACAAGGGUUGUCAUACCCAUCACAUUUAUUGGACUCUGAAGAAGUGCAAUGCCCCCUGUAUUUCUGUCUUGUGUCAGGGACAAAAGAAUGCUUCAUCAGAUUUAUGUUUGCUUUUUUGUGAAUCUGAGUUGUCAAGAGACUAAAUUUUCAUGGUUUUGUCCUUGUUGUAAAAAUUUGUUUGAAUUUGUCUGUCCCCUACAUUUUUAUAUAUAAAGACGUGAAUAUAUUUAUCAGUGGACGGAGUGGUGGUAUAUUGGAAAUAGAUUUUUUUUUCCUUUAUUGCAUCAAGAUCUAUUGCUGGAUGGUAUAUAUUUUCCUUUUUUACAGUCUGGUUUUUAAAUCAAUAUCACAGCUUUGUUUCCUUCAAUCACCAUUAUUCUGAUACUUGAUUGUCUUUCCAGAUAAAUAUAGCCUGCUUUUACCAUUUAAGGGGUAUUUUGCCAUGACAGUCGAAAUCUAGAAAUAUAUCAUUUUCAGUGUCUCAUAUUAAAACGACAAGCUGAUUUUUGACUUUUUUUGUUGUAUUUUCUCUAUUUCUUGUUUUUUUAGAUUAAUAAUUAGGAUUUGAUUAUGAGUACUGAGUGAAAUGCCUUUUGCCUACAUCCAAUAUGUAAAUGCCAAUCCAUCACAAGUGUAUAGGCCUCAAGGCUCAAUUUGAAAAUGAGUAGUAGCAAUUACAUGCAGUGCAUGGACAAUGUCUAUUGGCAGGUGAAAACAUCCAGAAUAUUGUCAUUUUUUGUAUUUGUUUUAGUUUUUAUUGCCCACACAUUCCCUUCAAGGUGGACCUUAAAAGGUUUACAUGUGUUUAAACCUGGAAUAAACUUGUGAGCUUGGAAUUGUUAAGUCCUGCUGGUUAGAUUGCAAUUCUGAUGGAAGAAAAAAUAUCGCACAAGCAUAAAGAUCAUAAAUGUGUGGGUGAUUUAUAUUUGAUAAAAAAAAUGUCAGACAUUACCGUAUACUUGCAAGCUCAUAAAGUCUUAGAUGUGUCUUUAAUCACAAGUAUGAUGCGUCUCCUCCCAUUUCCUGUCCACAGUCUUAAAGUUUUAAGCGGUGUCUGUUGUUUGGCUGCCUUAUCAUUAUCAGUACUGUGCUGGUCAGAAUUAUUGCCACCUUUUGCAAUUUUAAGGGUGAAGUCCAAAUAUUAUUUUGUCAGUGUUGUUCAUUCACAAUUGCUGUUAGUUAAAAAUUCACUUAUUAUUUUAAGUGUUUGCAUUACAAAAAAGAAAAGAAAAUUCUGCCUGCAAAGGGUAAAAUAAAACUGAUUGUUGUUGCCAAAAUAUUUGUAGACCUCAGUAACUGCUACCACCUCUUAAUCAUGGCGAUAGGAAAAAACAAAGCAAACUUGAACAGUAAACUGGUUUCCUCAUUUCACCGUCAUUUUUGUCUUAAGUCAAUUAAACUGGGUUUUAAAGAACUGCAUGUUCCUGUUGUACUUUCAGACACUUAAAAAAGAUUUAUUUUACUUGUGUUAAGAGGUGUUAGCAAUUGCUCAAGGCUCUGUUCCAGUGUUGAGCUCUCCACAGCUUUAAAAAUCUAAAAUAUCUCAUUUGUAUAAACAAUAUUACAUUACAGAGGUAUAAUUUAACAAAAAUUGCCAAGAGUGACAAUAAUUGUGAUCAUCUUGUUUGUGUUUCUGCCCUGCGGGGCAGGUUUGGACUGAAAUAUUUAGUUGAUAUUUGACCUUUUAUGUCUCAGUUUUAAACUAGAGUUUAUGAAAUAUAGUGAUCAUGGUAAAGAAACACACUAUGGUCUUGGUAUGAUAUUGUAAAACUAAACAAUUUUAGUUUUAUAGGGCAGUUGCAAGUUUUGAUUACAAAACUUUUCAUGGGUUUUGUAGGAAAGAUGAAUGUGUGAAGCCGUGACCUUUUUUGACAGUUUAUGAAGUCGUGUCCUAGUGGGCUGUCAGUAGAUACAUUCUGUCAGUCGGACUGUUUGGACUGCUUCAAAGAAAUAUUGUUCUAUUUUUGUUUGGUGUGUAAAGGGACCCUACCAGAUUGACCAGUGUAAAUCUGAAUGAAAAGUGUUGAAAUCAUUUGUAUACACACCUGCCUAAUAAACUGCUAAAUUGCACAAAACAA